AUGUCACAGCGCCAUGUGUGCUUCAACGUCAAUGAGCUUGCACUCCGCGCGGCAGAGGUUGUUGGUGCAAAAAUAUGCGUCAACAUUGCAAAGUACCGGGAUAGUAUGUACAACAAGAGUAUGUUGUUAACUAUGAAUGAUGACUCUCGGGUAGUGGCCAAAGUUCCGAAUCCAAACGCUAGUUUACCUUAUUGGACCACUGCGAGCGAGGUUGUGACGAUAGAUUUCGUCCGCAACAUUCUUGACAUCCCCGUCCCCAAAGCUCAUGAAGAUCCGGUUGGGGCAGAAUACAUCAUCAUGGAAGAGGUUCCAGGGGUGCAACUAGAGCAGGUCUGGCCGAAAAUGAGCAUAGAAGAUAGGUUUGCUAUUGUCCGAUCAAUCGCUGGUUUUCAGCAAGUCUGGACUUCAGUCGCUUUCACAAGAUAUGGAAGCUUGUAUUAUUCAAAAGACCUAGAAGAUACGCCCAGUAGCCAGCCGCUCUAUAUCGACGCACAUGGUGGUCACACAAAAAACAAGAAUCUUGCUAUUGGCCUGUCUGUAGCACGUGAAAUAUUUGAUAACAGAAGAGCAGCCAUCAAUUUCAAUAGAGGACCAUGGGAUUCUCUAGAAGCGUAUCAUCGCGCCAUUGGACAACGCAAAAUAGUGUGUAUCAAUCAGCUUUCCGAGUUACCCAAAUCUCCGAUAACCCUGUGCGGCCCGGGAACCUAUCAGCCAAUGAAAGAAAAGAAGGUCAAGGCUUUACACUGUUACCUCGAUCUCAUAAAGCAGACCCUUGCAGAAGAUCAAACGAUAUCGUCCGCACAUCUUUGGCAUGAUGACUUGCACGUUGCUAACAUCUUCGUCGACUCCGCUGAGCCUACCAAAGUUGUGGGCCUUAUAGACUGGCAGUCAGCAGAGAUAUCUCCGCUCUACUUCCAUGCCCGGCAGCCUCAAAUUAUUAACUAUCAAUCGCUCUGUUUGUUGUAUCACACUCUCAUAAAUCACCAAAAUCCUCGGAUUUAUGCGGCUCUCCAGUUCCAGAAUACGGAAAAGUACUUAUUUCUAUUGUUGGCACGUAACCUCCUCAUCGAUGGCGAGGCGCUCUAUCUUGCCAGGAUAGCCGAGCUUGAGCCAACUUGGAAUGUGUUUUCAGGCAAAGGAGAUUCAAAUUACCCAUUCGCUUUUUCAGACAAGGAAAGAGAGGAGCUCAAGGCUGAUGCUGAAGGUGCGAUACAAGGUAUGGAAGCAAUGAGUUCAAUAAGAGAGAGCUUAGGAGAUUUACUCCCUGAGAAGGGCAUUGUGAAGCCAGAUAAUUAUGAAAAAGCACCGGACGCCUUGUCACAGAUGAAAGAUCAAGUGAUUAGUGCAUUUGUCACCAACGCGAAGAAAAGGAAGGCUUGGGAAAAGGCAUCGCCGUUUGGGAAUUAACUCGAUUGGCUUAGAAGAUAGCAC